AUGUUGACACUAAUUGCGUUGCUGCUGGGCGCAUUGCACGUCGCCUUCUUCGGCGUCUAUUUGUAUCUCACGUGGCAUCAUCGGUACUGGCAGAAAAGGGGUUUGCUCACAGCCCAACCUCUGACGCUAUUAGGCACCUAUCCAGGCAUAUUGACGCGCUCACGUAAUCUCGUGGAGGAUAUACAACAGGUGUACGACAAGUAUAAGGGCAAGCAUCGCGCCGUGGGCGUCUUCGUCACCCGUCAGCCCCAAAUACUGGUACUCGAUCCGCAACUGGCCCGCGAAGUCCUUGUCACUAACUUUCGCUGCUAUCGGGACUCCCUACAAAGCGAUUAUAUAAAAGAUGCUAGGAGUGACAAGUAUGCGCGUCGUAAUCCCUUCUGGGCUGCGGGAGAGACUUGGCGCAGUCUGCGUUCGGAUGGUCAGGCGGGCGUCUCUACCCACAGACUGAAACAGGCGUAUUCCAUCUGGGAACAUAGUGGAAAGAAGCUGAUGGAGUACUUGACCGAGCAGGUAUCGCUCCACAACAAUGUUGUGGAGACACGAGACCUCUGUUUUCGCUACACUGCCGAUGUCAUGGCUGACUUUAUUUGGGGCAUCGAUGUCGGCACACUGAGCCGUCCUGAGGAGCCAAAUAAGAUGCAGGAAAUGGCCAGCAAGUGGACCAGCUAUGCCUUCUAUAUGUUAUCCAUUUUCAUGGCCUCAAUGGUGGCUCCCAUUAUUCGAAUAAUCUUGCGCAUGCGUUUCUAUCCGAUGGAAACGGAUGAUUUCUUCUCCAAUCUCACCCAUGAGUCCAUCAAGCUACGUCUCCGUGCUGGCGAUUCCGGCAACCGAAAGGACUACCUAUCGCAUUUACUUCAAUUGCGUGAGUCGAAGCUGGUCAGCCACGAUGAUUUGGUGGGACACGCGUUGACUGUCUUGCUAGAUGGCUACGAUACUACGGGAUCGGCACUGAUGCAUGCGCUAUAUUAUCUCUCUGGAAAUCCUGAAGUACAACAAAAGCUGCGAGACGAAAUUUUGCAGAAUUUGAACAGCGACAAAAGUAUUAGCUACGAACAGCUCUGCGACUUGCCCUAUCUGGAACAGUGUGUCUAUGAGUCUUUACGACUGAGCAGUUUGAUACCGCAGUAUACUAAAAUUUGUACGCUUCCCACAAACAUUUGCCUGAACCCUCAACAGAUGUUGGAGGUGGAGGAGGGCAUGACGAUCAUGAUUCCCAUAUAUCAGUUCCACCAUGACAAAGAAUACUUCCCAGAACCGGAGGUCUUCCGGCCCGAACGUUUCGACAAUGGCUUACAUCACGAGCUCACAAAACUUGGCCAUCUGUUGCCGUUCAGCGAUGGGCCUCGAAUUUGUAUGGGAAGACGUUUGGCGCUGCUUACGCUGAUGUCGGCGCUGUUGCACAUUAUCAGUGAGUUUGAGGUUGCGCGUGGCAGAGACAAGAUUACAAUCGGCGGAGACUCAGGUUUCGGGAUUGUGCUGCAAGGCGAUGUAAAACUUGAAUUUCGACGAUUCGUCAGAUGAAUCAAACUUGUUUAAUUCUCUCAGCAGGUCAUUAAUAAUUGAAUUAAGUUAAUAAAUUAAGUUCUACGAGUAUUAAAGAAAAUUUUCUAUUUUGCAUA